AUGGAAAGACUCUCAGCUCUGCUGCUGCUGCUGCUGCUCAUCACAGUCUCAGGUUUGGGCGGAGCUUCAGAGUUGGCCUUCAUUAAAGAACCCAGUGAUGUCAUCGCAGUGAGGGACCGCCCCCUCAUGCUGGAAUGUCAGGUAGAGGGGGAGGGGCCUAUCACCAUCACCUGGCGGCGGAACGGCGUUCCCGUUCCUCUGGGAGCCAGAGCGGCCGUGCUGGAUAACGGGACGCUCCUGAUCCGGAACUUCCAGAAACGGCGCGACGGUGACGAGAGCGACGCUGGCGAGUACGACUGUGCGGCGCAGAACCGAUACGGGCUGCUCAUCAGCCGCAAAGCACAUGUGCAGCUGGCCUCGUUGCCCAAGUUCCACACACACCCAGAAUCCAUGAGUGUGGACGAGGGUGGCGUCGCUCGAUUUCACUGCGCCGUCAGCGGCGUCCCAGAGGCCAACAUCACCUGGGAAAGAAACAGAACAGCUCUCAACGCUGAUGAUAACAGGUACACUCUCCUGCCCAACGGUAUCCUGCACAUCACAGGAGUGCGUCAGGCUGACAGCGGCAGCUACCGCUGCGUCGCUAAAAACAUCGCAAACACUCGCUACAGUCACGAGGCUCAGCUGUCAGUCACAGGUACAGUCGCAGCUAAUCGUCUCUACAAGGAGCCGGUGAUUCUCUCUGGGCCGCAGAAUCUCACUCUGAACGUUCACCAGACCGCCAUCCUGGAGUGCAUCGCCACUGGAAACCCGCGGCCCAUCGUGUCCUGGAGCAGGCUGGGAACUAUACACUCAGGUGUGUACGUCUGCUCCGCCAACCGACCCGGAACCAGGAUGAGGAGAACCGCGCUGGGACGUCUGGUGGUGCAAGCUCCUCCGGAGUUCCUGCAGUGGCCUCAGUCCGUGUCGAAGCCGGCGGGCAGCAGUGCCGUCUUCACCUGCCAGGCUCAAGGUGUUCCUGAUCCACACCUCAUCUGGCUGAAGAACGGCAAGAUCCUCACACCUGGAGACAACGUCAAACUCUCCAACAGCAACAACACGCUGGCGGUGACGCGCAUCACGGCUGAAGACGAGGCCAUCUAUCAGUGCAUCGCGGAGAACAGCGCAGGAACCAACCAGGCCAGCGCUCGUCUCGCCGUCUCUCCAUCCCUCGAUCUCCCAGAAGCCCCUCAGGACCUGACGGUCACGCCGCUCUCCACCACUUCUCUACGGGUGCGCUGGACGCAGCCGGAGCCGCACGUGACGGACCGCAUCAUCGGAUACGUGCUGCACAUCCGCAAACUGGGAGAGCCGGACAGCAGCGAGCUUCAGGAAGCCGUCAGCAAAGACACGUUUCAGCACGACUUCACAAACCUGCAGGCCUCCACCACCUUCUCCAUCUAUGUGAAAGCGUAUUCACCGCUGGGAGCCAGUCAGCAGUCCAACAGCGUCAUCGUCACCACACACGGAGCCGUUCCCACGAUGCCCAGCUUCUUCACGAAGGUUCUGAACAGCACAGCGAUGCAGGUGUUCUGGGAGCUUCCUGCUAAAGCUGGUCGAGUGGAGGGAUACAGACUCUCUCAUCGCAUGCUGCCACAACAAGAGUUUAGACACGAGGAGCGAUUCCCCGCUCACAUCAACACACACACCAUCUCUAACCUCGUGGAGCGUCAGGCGGCGGUUCCUCAGUGUCAGGUGAUGAUUGAACCUCAGCCUGUCCACCCGCCGGACACUGGCACCGGAUGA